ACUUGAUUUGAGUCAGUCUUCGGCCGCCAUUCAUUCAAGCAAGCGAGCAAAAUUUCAUAGCAAACAUCUUUUGCUUUAUUGUGUCAAUUACUACUUUUUUGUUGCAUUUUAGUUCACAAAGUUUAAAAAGUAACUACCAAUAAAAAUAACCGGAUUUAAUUUUGAUUUAUUAAAUUUCAUUUUAUAAAGUGUAACGGAUUAAAGAGAAGAAUAAAUUAUAAAUUUUUAAGGGAAAGCUAUCCAUGAGAAAAAAAAAAAGAUUUUUAUCCAAAGUGAUUCAACAACCAAAACCAACAACACACAAAAAGAGGAAACAAGCCAGUGAAGUUUAAAAUACAUAUAUUAUAUUGUGUUUGUGUUUUUUCUUAAAUUAAAACGUGUUGAAAAAGUGAACAAGAAAAAAUGAAUUUAAAAUUAUUAAUGAUUGAUACAAAGGAUACAAGAAAUCAUUAAUACAGAAAAAGAAAGGAUUAAAUAAAAAUAUAAUCCAAGAUAUUUAAAAUAAAAUACAAAUUUAAAAGAUACAAGUUAUAAAACAAAACAAAAAUAGUGAUUUUAUUUUUUGUUAAAUAUUUCAAUAAAAAUUAUGACUUCAACAAUUCUACAAUCAUCAGCACAAGCAGCAUCAACAAUGGCAUGGUCAAAUGAAAAACUACGUUUAUCUUGUGUCGAUAACAUUGGAUUAAGACAGCUGUGGAAGUUAAUUGUAUUAAAUAGUAGCAACAAUAAUAAUACUAGUACUAAUAACAAUAGUACUAACAACAUUAUCAACAACAACAAUAACAACAACCAGAACAGUAAAAAUAAAAAUAGCGAAAUAAACAGUGAAAAUUUAGCUGAGUUUUUAACAAAUCGUGACAUACUGCCACCAAGUGAAAUGUCAUUGCUGAAAUUUUUAGCAAUUAAUGCCUUGGAAUUAAGUGCCCCUGCUUCGCCUGUUUUAUUACAACAACAACAUCAACAGCAUACAGCUGCAGUAGCAGCUGCAGCGUGUAAACCAAAAGGUUGGAUGCAAUUAUCGGGACAUCCAGAGAGCAUUGUACCAACAACAACUGGCAUCGUCCGUAAACGCGUCAUCAGUCCCACAGAUCAUGAAGCAAAUGCCUACGAAUUCAUAACGAACGAUCCGUCUGCCAGUAAACUUGUCCCCAAAUACUAUGGAGUUGCCGAAUAUAACGGCGAUGCAUAUAUUGAACUACAAGACCUGCUAACCGGUUUCAAAGACCCAAAUGUCAUGGACAUAAAAAUGGGUUGCCGUACUUUCCUCGAGUCCGAAGUCACAAACAAAACACUCCGACCCGAUUUGUACCAGAAAAUGAUUGCUCUUGACAAAGACGCACCCACUGCCGAAGAGCACGAACUACAAGCCAUUACAAAACUACGUUACAUGCUUUUCCGUGAAGCCAUGUCAUCGUCUCAUACGAAAGGUUUUCGAAUCGAAGCCCUUCGUCGUCGUGGUGCCAGUCCUAUAAAAGAUCUUAAAACCGUUCGCAAUACCGAUCAAAUUGAAGAGACAAUUCUGCAGUUCCUCAACUCAAAUAAGACCAUCACCAAGGAGCUGAUCAAGCGGCUGCGCACAAUGAGGACACUGAUGGAGAAGUCAGAAUUCUUCAGGCAUCAUGAAAUAGUUGGUUCCAGUAUUUUCAUAGUUUACGAUGACGAGAAGGUUGGAGCGUGGCUGAUUGACUUUGCCAAGUCAAGACGUCUGCCAGCCGAUGUUCAAGUCAAUCAUCGACAAGAAUGGAUUCCUGGUAAUCGUGAAGAAGGCUUAAUCAAGGGAAUGGAUGAACUCAUUAGGGUCUUUGAGGGCGUCUAUGAAAUUCAAACUGGCAAAAGGCUAACUAAAUGAGUUUCUUAAUUAUUAUUAUUAAUUUCUGCAAUCUAAAAUUUAUAUAAUUUAUUAAUUU